CGCGAAAGAAGCUUCGCAGCCGCACCGAAAGGUAAAAUUUCCCUUUGGCUUUGGCAAAAAUUGAAAACUUUUCGCGUCGUCUGGUCCGUCAUCAUCGUUCUGGUGGCUGACGAGCGUUUUCUUUUUCAUUCAAAAGUGCUUUUUCCGGUGUGAUUUGUGCGUAAUUCGAAUGAAAUUUCGGUACUGGCCAAAUAGAAACAUAAAGUAACGUCGAAAUAAGUGGCACUGGAUUGCGGUGCAACGCGUCCGUCUCGUGAGAACCGAAAGGCAUUCGGAGCUAGUGGCUAGUCUGGGCUGGCAGUCGACAGCAAGAAGAACAAAAAGUGCGUGUCCCGUUUUUUUAGCGUUGUCCACACGGCAAUCCAGACCCGGGGUUUCGUGGACUACAUCGCUAGCUUCCAGCAAUUGGUUUUGGUAGCCAGAAUUUCGGUAUUUUUCCCUUCGUAAUAUUUAUUUUCUAUAUGAGUGCAUCAUCCGUGCCAGCCGACGAUAGAGUUUCUCCUCCUGAAUACGGUUGAAUGACUUCCGGCAUGUCUGUGACAUCGCUGUUAUCCCGAAUCAAAGAGUUCGUGGUCGACGGUCGGAAGCGAAAAAGCGACGAGCCGUCAGAAGCAUCAACAAUAAGUUUUGCCAAAUAUCGUCGAAUCACGGACGAUUUUCCCAAGUUUAUCUCCACACCGUUGAGUAAUGAUUAUUAUUCUAAAUCAGAGCCUACCACAGACAGAUUAAGGCUUCCGGUUAAUACCAAGAAGAUCAUGACGGAAGCGACGAACAGCGGUGGUAAACAAAGUGCUUAUUUCGGUGCCACCGGCAAAACGCGGCUCGAAUUUGCAGAUAUUGAAUUUUCCGACGAUGAAGAUGAGAUUGAUUGGAUAAAUCGUCAGCAGAAGCCGAACCAUCGGGGUCGGGUCAGCAAUGUAGGAGUUGGCGCAGGAGGUGGCAGUGGUGUCGGCGGCGGUGGUACUGCCGAUCGGCACCCACCUCCGUUAGCGAAAAUUAGACCUUCCCUCGCACCAGUUCCUUCGCUGUUCCCCAUCCGGACAAAAAUGACCAAUGGCAAUGCAGAUACAUACAGCCGUACAUCGGAUCCAUUUAAGAAGCCGUUCGUAUUCAAAUCUCAACAGGCUGUGCAACCACAACAUCAGCAGCAGCCGCAACAGGCUCCACCGCAAUCCAAACGUAAUUCGAUUAUUGCGCAGAGCUACAACAUGACGGAAGUGAACAAAUACCGGGCACUGCUGAAGCGAUUGCUUCCAAAUCUCUACUCGCCGGAGGAACCGUCGGCAUCUAGUGCAUCGCGAAAGAACUCGUUACUUCUGUCGUCGGAAGACAUUAAUUUGUCGUCGUCAACGGCAAUCAAUCGCAGUCACGGCGAAGGUCACUCGAAAGCUGCCGGCCCGUCUACUAGCGCAGCGAUACGCUCGAUACCGGUGAUCGAUUUGUCGCUGGAGGAAAGUGACACCGAGGGGCGAAAGAAACGCACAAGUCUGUUCACUACCGUCGAUUUGACGCAGUACAACUUGACUACUGAGGACGAAUCUGAAACGGCCCAAGUGGUGGAUCCGGUUAACACUUUGCAAGAAAAGCUACAAACUAACAGCAAGUUUCGCGAUGAUAUCGUGGACACCGUUCAGCGCAAAUAUGGUAGCACUUCCAGUCACCGCAAGGACCUCAUCGCGCAAGAACGGGAAAACUUGAAGGAACUGAAGAAAAGCACCCAGGACUAUGAAACCCCCUUCCAGCGGAAACUGGGCGAUUACAUGAUCAAGUUCGAAAAUAUCGUGCUGGACGAGGAUGAAUCCGAAGAGGAAGAAGAAGCGUAUCCGGAGCUCACUGAUGAGCACCAGGGUGCGAUCAAGCGAGCUCUAUACGGAGGAUCACGUUCCGAGGUUAUCAUCAACAAGUUCAACAUCAGCAUUACUCGCAACGAUCUGGCCACGCUGAUCGGAGACAACUGGCUGAACGACGAAGUUAUAAACUUCUAUAUGAACCUGUUGAUUGAACGCAGCGAGCAGCGCACUGACGAUCGUCUUCCCCGUGUGUACGCUAUGAACACGUUCUUCAUCCCGAAGCUGCUAUCGGCCGGCCAUGGGAGCCUGAAACGGUGGACCCGCAAGGUGGACAUCUUUACGUAUGACAUCAUUCCAGUGCCGGUUCACGUGGGCCGAGUGCAUUGGUGCAUGGCCAUUAUAGAUUUGCGAAACCAGGCGAUUCGGUACUACGACUCGAUGGGUACGCCCAACAAUGCGGUCCUUAAUGCACUGGAGCAGUAUCUCCGAGACGAAUCACUGGACAAGCGGAAACAACCCUUCGAUACCAGUGGCUUUGUGAAGGAAAAUAUGCGCGAAUGCCCACGGCAAAUGAAUGGCAGUGACUGUGGGGUGUUUAGUUGUAUGUUCGCGGAACACGAAGCACGGAACCGGGAGAUAGGGUUCUCCCAGGCUCAAAUGCCCUACUUCCGUCAAAAAAUGGUGUACGAAAUUUCGCAAGGGCGAUUGAUCACCUAAAAGAUAGCAAAAGUGAGUGGCAGUGGUGGACCGCUCCGGUUUGUUUGUAGAAUAAACAGCAACACAGAAAAUUGCCGGUAAUAUGAAUCAAAUCGAUAUGAUUGUAGAUCGUAAGCUUAAUUUAUAAUAGUUUUCCAAAAAAGAACAUAAAAUCAGUUUUGUUUUAGAAAAACAUUCACGAAAUACUGUUCCAAUUUACUGCAGCGGAUCCUCGUUUGUGUCGCACUUUUCUUCACAUUUUACUAAUGGAGAAAAUCUUUAUAAAAUGUUCCGAACUGAAAUAUUUGAAAUAUUCAAUAUAAUUGUGAUUUUGUUUCGCCCGAGGGCCACAAGAAUGGCGAUCAGUUAUAACCACGCAGGUGGGCCAAUCGAAAUAACAGGAAAACAUCAAACAAGUGCUAGGAUGGAUUUGGAACGUUUAGUACGAGAGAGCAAAAUUGUGCGUGACGAAAUAAAUGUAUAUUUGAAAUUAAUUUCAACGAAAUUAAA